AUGGCAACACGGAAACUCCAGACCGAAAUCGAUAAGGUCCUUAAGAAGGUUGCUGAAGGCGUCGAGACCUUUGAGGAAACCCUCGACAAGAUCGAAAAGUCGACUCAUGCGAAUCAGAAGGAAAAAUACGAAGCGGACCUCAAGAAGGAGAUUAAGAAGCUGCAAAGGCUUCGCGAUCAAAUUAAGACAUGGAUUUCCUCCAGCGAUAUCAAGGACAAGAGGGCACUCAUGGAUAACCGGAAGCUGAUUGAACAGCAAAUGGAAAAGUUCAAGGCGAUCGAGAAGGAGAUGAAGACCAAGGCAUACUCCAGGGAAGGACUGAUAAUGUCAGGGCGCAUGGACCCAAAGGAGAAGGAGAAGGCAGAGACGUGUUCAUGGGUUGCAGAACGCGUGGAAGCAUUGAGUAUACAGAUUGAAGCUCUAGAGGCAGAGGUUGAGAUAUUACACGCCGGUACCAAGAAGGGCAAGAACAAUCCCGCGAAGGAGAGGAUAUCAGAGCUCGAGGAAAAGAUCGAGAGGCAUAAGUGGCACCAAGGGCGUCUGGAACUAAUUCUCAGGCUACUGGAAAACGGACAGAUCGAUGCAGAAAGGGUCCUUGCUAUUCAAGAGGAUGUCAACUAUUACGUGGAUGAAAACUCGGACCCUGACUUUGAAGAAUAUGAGGAGCUCUACGCGGAUCUGAAUCUGGAAGAGGAAGAGGACUUUUUCACCGUUGGAAUGGAGGACCAUUCAGGGGCGCAGGACCAGGAUGAUUAUGAAUCAACACCAAAGAAGACAUUCAAAGAACUGGAACCAGAACCCUCGCCCACACUCAUACCUACGCCCACGCCUACGCCCCCGAAAGCAGCGGCGAAGACGUUACCGACAAGAAAACCGUCUUUGCCAGAACCAAAGGAAAUGAAACCAGUACCGGCAGCAAGUCCAGCAGCAACAAAACUAACGCCAGCGAGUACGGCGCAAAGUCGACAACCAACAAAACCACGAACAGGAUCUUAUGCAACAGCAGUCGCGGCCAAUCUACCAACAGAGCCGGCUCGCGCACCCGCAUCAUCGGCAUCCCCAAGCGUUGUAGCAGCAGUACUGACAAAGGAGUCGCCAAAAGCAGCAAGCACGUCAAGUAAAGUGGAAUUAUCAUCGCCACGGACGGCUGCACAAACGACAGUGGCGCCAUCAUCCCUCGCGAGGAUCCAACCAUCAUCGGCAGCGAAACCAUCGGAUCCAGCCUCAACGGCUUCAAGGGCAACCGCGGAUUUAUCACCAGCACUGCAAAGCAGUGGCCCGUCGCCCUCUCAGGCUAAUACUGAAGUAUACGGCGCAGAAGGAGGAAACGCCUGCUCAGCCAAACACAUCGAAGCCAGCGGCGAGAUUCGUUUGCCAGCAGCAUUGGCGGACCUUGCCCAUAGCUUUGAGGCGUCAAAGGAGCGUGCAAUGUUAAAGGAAGUUGGGCUCUUUGUACAUCGAAUGCUGGAGGCCAGCUAUCUGUUCAUCCCUGAUGCAGCUGACACGGAAAGACCCAAGUUUUAUACGCCAAAGAAUCCAUAUCCGACGCCGUCCUAUUAUCCUCAGACGCCACCUCCGGGACUAUUUGAGAACCCGGCCAUAUUCGAGAAGUUCGACAUCGACACUCUGUUUUUCAUCUUUUACUAUCAACAAGGAACCUAUCAACAAUAUCUGGCUGCAAGGGAGCUCAAAAAGCAAUCAUGGCGAUUUCACAAACAGUAUCUGACCUGGUUCCAGCGUCAUGAGGAGCCGAAGGCGAUCACGGAUGACUAUGAGCAGGGGACCUAUAUUUACUUUGAUUACGAGGGGGCCUGGUGCCAACGCAAAAAGACGGACUUUCGAUUCGAGUACAAGUUCCUGGAGGACUCUGAGCUCGUUUGA